CGAGCUGGCACCACGUCUUAUACUUUGUCUUUUGCUGAUUGAUACAUUUGCUGUGAUCGAGAAAAAAAAAAAAGAAAAAAGAGAGAAAUAGCCGUACAGUAAGACGAGCGGUUACAUACCAGAGUAAGUAAUGGAGAACACCAUCCCUCUCAUUACAAUAAUUGGACCAUGAGGAAGAGGAAUGAUCAAGUGCUGUGAAAAUAGCCCAGAGAAACACUACAAUGGAUUACAGACAAAAAAGAAAACUGUCUUUUCUCACUAUUGGAUUGAUAUUUCUUUUGAGCGGUGUAGAAUAUGCGGUCAUUCUUCCCACUAUAUGGCGAUAUCUGCAGAUAUUAGAGGCACCACCUUAUUUUCUUGGCUUGGGUCUAUCUGCGUUCAGCUUCAGUGGGCUUGUUUCAGGUCCAGUGUUUGGUCAAUGGUCAGACAAGACCAGAACUACAAAGACCAUCAUUCUCUUCUCCAAUGUGUUUGAAAUUGUGGGAAACUUCAUGUAUUUCAUGGGAUAUUCAAAAUGGCUCCUGCUGUCCAGCCGGCUUGUUGCAGGUAUUGGAGCAGGAGCUGGUUCCUCUAUUUUUGGGUUCCUUACACGCACUACCCUCCCCGAUGAGCGAGCGAGAGUCUUUGCUGCUGUCAUGGCAUGUCGUCAGGCUGGACUUCUGAUUGGUCCUGCAUUCAAUAUCUUUCUAAGGUUGUGUGAUUUCAAAUUGGGUCCAUUCAUUGUAAAUAAGUACACCUCACCUGGGCUCUUCAUGUGCGGGAUGUGGCUGCUCAUGCAGUUUGCAGUGAUGUUCCUUUACUGGGACAUCCCACCACUGGACUCCUUCCCUGAGCAGCACAUGCCCCUCAGAGAGGUCAGAGGUGAAGAAGAUGAGCCCCUCAUGAGUCUGGAAGAUGAAGACUGGGCUUCAGCAGUGGACUCGAAUGGCCCGGUCAAUCCAGAACAGACCGAGACCCGGCUCUCGUCCGAAAUCCCGCCAUCUCCACCCGAUUCGCCACCUCCAGAUCCCUCUGACCCCUUUCAAAACUUCAGUGCCAGUCGAGAGUUUCUGAGGGAGGAGGUGGUGGUUCUCCUCACUGCUCAGUUCAUCACUCUCUUCAAUCAGACAGCACUCGAGACCAUGGUGACCCCCCUGACGCAGAAGUACUUUGGCUUGGGUGAGCUGGGGAACAGUGUGAUGUACAGCCUGUGUGGGCUGGAGGUAAUCGCGGGUUUCUUCCUGGUGCGCUGGCUGAGCCGUGUGCUGGAGGACCGGGUGGUGCUGGCCGUGGGGCUGCUCAUCUGCAGUGGGGCUUGUGUCUGGUGCCUCAUCUUCCUGGCCAAUCCACAGGGUGGUUUUGUGUUCGAGUUGAUUGAGUUUAUCAUCGGAGUGUUCCUGCAGUUACUGGGACUUCCUUUCGUUGCUGUGUCUCAGGUGUCCCUCUUUUCUAAGGUCACAGCUGAGAAAACACAAGGCUUUAGUCAGGGUGUGCGACGUUCAGUCGGGGGUCUUGCCACCAUCCUCGGCCCCCUGUGGGCAGGGGGUCUGAUAGGAAAUCUCUAUGUGAUGCUGGGUAUGAUGAUGCUUCUACUGACCCUCAUCAUGAUCAUGAUGGCGUUGUCCUACGAGAAGCUGGUGGAGCCGCCCAGGGUGGAGAAUGCUCAGGACUCAGAGAAUGGAGGAUAGACACCACCUUUCGCUUUACAGGACACAGCACAGAGCAAGAGCCCCUCUCUCUGUGGUGUGUCUGCCAAAGUUUAGCGCUCGUGUGGGCCUGUACAGAGCAGAUGCUGGAACAGUGGGAGAUAAGAGGCCUUGCCAGGGCUAGCAGACCGAGAACAGCAAGAAGGGCACACAAACACACAUCACGCACCCACCCACACACAACACACACAAUUUGGUUUUAUGCUGCAGAUUUUUAUAUUCUGUAAUUUUUAUUUUAUUCUAGUCCUCAUCCAUUCGGUUUCAUUUUACAUAGUGUAUUUAGUUACUGACUCUUUUAUUGUGCAUAUGUUGUAUGAUUUGAGGAUCUUCUGAUUUGCUGAUGUGGAGGAGUAUGAAUACAUGAAGUGAAUGAACACUUGAUGGCGCUGUUGUCCCUUAAAGAGUUUGGACAGACAGAACUGCAAGACUCUCUAUGCAUGAUAAUGUGUGUGUAUGUGUGUGUGUGAGAGAGAGAGAGCAGGAUGAUAAAGGGACAAAAACUACGUUCCUGCACAGAUCAUUGGUCAUUUCUAGGAUAUUUACUCAUCUUAAGAGGGAAAUGGAAUAUUAAUGUGUCAUCUGGUGCAUAUGAUCUGCUGUUUGUACAUUGUUUUGAAAUAUUAUUACUGUAAACUCAUUAAAAUCUGGGUUAAUCA